AUGGUCUCUGAGGCCAGCGAGGGCGCGGUUCUGGUAGCCCUCAAGUACCUAUAUCCGGCGACUGUCUUCGUUUACUUCUUGGCCGCAUCUCUAUUGGCCUCCUGCACUCUGCAGGCUCUCAAGCAGAACCGCAGAGCUCAGCCAGAGCGGCCAGGCCAACGGAGAGUCACCAUCAUACUCGGAUGCUUCCUGUCGACAUAUGUGGUUCAACUUAUCGUUCUCGGCACGCAAUCAGUUAUUACAAGGUCUGCUCCUAUUGAGCAUGCCCUCAUUGGCUAUCUGUCAUGCAUUCUCGUCUUUGGCAUCUUGUUUAUUCACUUAAUCGAGUCCGAAGUCGUGGUGUGGUACCCCUUUCGCGGAUCGUGGUUCCUCGCGUUAUGUUUUGAGCUCUCCAUCGCAGUUUUGACAGCUUUCCAUCUAAAGCGAACGGUACUAAGCGGCUUUGAUGUCCUCCAUGUGGCAUCCUUCUCCCUAAGACUUGUGUCACUAUCCACUCUGGUGACAUGGACUUGUUUCGGCCUAUGGUCUAGGGUUCCGUUAGUGUUGGAUGAAGAAAGACAGGCACUACUGUCAAAACACAAUGGUGACCAAUCGCAAACUCAGAUAAACUCGGGGGAGCUUGGAAACAGCUCCAACUAUGGCUCAACGGCGCAAAGAGAUAGUGUACCUGGCAGCAACGCUGAACACCCCUGGCAAAAGCGACGCAGAGAAGGCCUUGAAAAUUUGGAGAAGAGACUGGAAGAAGAGGGAAAUUGGUUUGAAUAUGUCAAGGGCUUCUCGAUUUUGUUUCCUUACAUUUGGCCUGUGGGAAGUCGCAACUUGCAGCUGCGAGCUGUAGCCGUUGUAUUAUGCCUUCUCGCCUCAAAUGCCCUGCAUCUGCUCAUUCCCCGUCAGACUGGCAUCAUCAUGGACACUCUUGGCCAGUCUUCUAGCAAUCCUUGGGCAGCUGUUAUACUCUUUGCGUUUCUUCGACUGGCGGCUUCCGAAUCAGGCAUUGAGCUUGUCCGCUCAUGGUUGUGGAUACCAGUCAGAUACUACUCUCAGGAAGCCCUAACUCGGGCUUCUUACUCUCAUAUAAUGCACCUUUCCGCCGAUUUCCACGAGUCGAAGCCCCCUAGCGAUUUGCUUGGGGCCAUUUUCGGCGGAAACGCAAUCGCAAAUGCAAUCGAAAGCAUUUUGCUUCAAGCUGCUCCCAUGCUAGUCGAUAUGUGUGUCGCCAUUGUCUAUCUUUCCAUUACAUUCGGCGCAUACGAAGGCCUAAUUACUGCAGCUACUGGAACCGUUUUCAUGACACUUGCAACUCGCCUCGUAGCUGAAUCGAAAUCGGCCACCCGCAGCCGUCAAAAUGCCUGGUAUAAAGAGAAUAGUAUUCGAACUUCCGGCCUGAAUGGGUGGCACACUGCCAGCGCCUUUAAUCAGAUCGGCUAUGAGGACAAUAGACAUGCCGAUGCGGUGACUGAACGAUGGCUUAAGGAGCAACAGUUUAUGCUGAGCUGGUCUGUGUCCGUUGCCUUCCAAACCAUCGUUCUCACUGUGGGCCUCAUGGCAAGCGCAUUUCUCGCCGUCUUCCGUAUUCACAAUGGGCAAGCGACGCCAGGGCAGUUUGCGAUGCUUCUCAUGUACUGGGCACAGCUUACUGCGCCGCUGCAGUUUUUCGCUAAUCUCGGCAAGAGCAUGAGCGAUAACCUCAUUAGUGCAGAACGACUCUUGGCUAUCAUGAGGACCAGCCCCUCGGUUGAGAGCAAAAAGGGAGCGCGGCUGUUCAAGUUCGUCUCUGGAGAGGUCAAGUUCAAUGAUGUGCGCUUCAGCUAUGAUGGGUCAAGGGAUGUCAUCAACUCCGUCAGUCUAGAUAUUCCUGCGGGCAUGACAGUGGCAUUUGUAGGGAAAACGGGAUCGGGGAAGUCAACACUACUAAAGCUUUUGUCGCGAAACUAUGAGAUCCAAUCUGGCAGCAUCUCCAUAGAUGGUCAGGAUAUUCGUGAUGUUGAGCUCUUCAGUCUACGCGAACACAUUGGCGUUGUUCAUCAAAGUCCCGAGCUUUUUGAUGACACAAUUAUGAACAACGUGCGCUACGGCAAACUCGGUGCAACCGACGAGCAAGUAUUCGAAGCGUGCCGAGCCGCCAGUAUCCAUGACAAGAUCAUGAGUUAUACUGAUGGUUACGAGACGCAGGUCGGCGAACGUGGAGUGAAACUCUCUGGAGGAGAGCUGCAGCGCGUGGCAAUUGCCCGGGCGAUACUGAGGCAGCCUGAUAUAGUUAUUUUAGACGAGGCUACCAGCGCUGUUGAUACGGACACUGAACAGCAGAUUCAGAGCUCUCUCGUGAGACUCUGCCGAGGACGCACCACACUUGUCGUAGCCCACCGGCUUUCUACCAUUAUGAAUGCCGAUCGUAUCGUAGUCCUUGAAAAUGGCAAGAUCAUCGAGCAAGGCUGUCAUAGUGAUCUCAUUGCCGCCGACGGGCGAUACGCAUAUCUGUGGUCGAAACAGACCUUCUGGAAACCGCAAGAUGAGGCCGACGACGCAGACGAGCUCGAUGACGCAAACACCACCGCCAGCGACUCUUGUUCUGAGAGAACCACUACCGAGACGUGCGAGCUACAGGAUGAAAGUCAGAGUAGCAGCGUAUCCGGGGUAAGCGAUGGCAAAUCGACCACACAGAAGAAGUGUCAGAAGGAGGUAGAUUCUGACACCAUUCAUAACAUUAACUCAAAGUCUUCAGAGGAUACUAACGGGUCCUCUUAG